ACAAUUUGAUUUUUCUUCCAAAAUAGAUGCUUCUUGAUCGGAUAAUAAUGAAAAGGUCAAAGUUCAUACUUCUGGACUAUAAAAAAACGCCCGAAGUAAGUUGUUGUCAUAUCCCAACCUACUUGCCUUCUGGAUCUUUGUCAGAUAUACCAGAUAUGAACAAGCUGAUGAUAUGUUCGAUCGUUGCCAUUCUUGUAAUGAGCUCCGUAUUUCCAAGAGGAGAUGCAUUUAUCUUGGACUGUUGGGAAACAUGGUCUCGCUGCUCUGGGUGGAGUUCCGGUGGAACAGGUCCGGUGUGGUCGUCGUGCCAAGACAAAUGCGAAGAAAAGGGUUACAGCACAGGCACAUGCGAAUCUGCUGAUUCUAACUGCCGGUACGUGGACAAAGCCUAUCAAUGCAGAUGUUACGGCAAAACUUCUGGAGGUAGUGGUAGUUCGGGAGGCUGGUGGAAAAGAAAGUAAAUCGCUUAUACUUGACUUGUGCUGAGCUGCCAUAGAUAACUAAGACGGAAUAAAACACAGAUAUUUUCAGACAUUUUAAUUUUUUCAUUUUUAUUUUUAUUAUUUUAAUUUAUUUUCCGAAAUUAAAUAUACUAUCAAAAUAAGACCAUGUGCAGUAAAAUGUUUUUCAGCAAAAGAAAAUGUUUAAGCGUUUUGUGAAAUAAAUUGAUGCUAUUUUA